AUGAUGUACCACCACUACUCGGAGGCCCCCUACUAUGCUGCCGCACCGCUGCCCGCGCACCCGCGAGACAUGGUGCUUCUGCCGUCGAUGCUCUUCCGCGACCACCUCGUGUCGUCCCCGCCCUAUGAGCAAACGCGUCCCGCGCCGACGACGUUUGCACUUCCGUCGAUCAAGAGCCUUUUGUGCGAGCCCAGCAUUGCCCCAGUUGAGGUGACGGCAGUGGUGCCGACAAAGCCACGCUGGCGCCCGUCCAAGUACUGCACGGUCGAGGCCUGCGAGCGCGUCUCACAGCGCAACGGUCUCUGCCACCGCCACGGCGGGAAGCGAUCGUGCAAGGACCCGUCGUGUAAUGCCAAAGACCGUGGGAACGGCUACUGCAUUAAGCAUGGCGGUG